GUUGUGAGGGGGCCUCCUAGAAGAAGUACAUAUAAAAAAAUAUUAAAAAAAUAAAAUAAAAAGAAAUCAAUAAGUGUCAUGGCGAUGGCAAUAAAUUCAUUUGAUACUUGGUUAACAAAUAAAUUACAAGAAUUAAAUACUGAUGAAAGUGUAUUUGGUUCAUAUAUCAAAGGAAUAUUGGAAGGCGAUGAAACUGAGGAUGAAAAAACUGAAGCACUUGAAGGAAUAAUAGCCGGGAUCACGGAAGACGGUAUUGAUAAACACGUGUCAGAAAUAUUAUCAGCAUGGGUGAAAUGGUUACCACGUGAUGAUGCUACUGCUGUUGUUGCUCCAACUGAGGAUGUUGAAGUACGUUUAGCAAAAUUAUUGGAUUCACAAAAUUUACCAAAGACAGCUCAAAGAACAACAUGUACUGUUGAAGAGAGAAGAAUACGUGAAGCAAUUUUAGCACAAUACAGUGAAAUGACUGAUGGUGAAGAAAGUGAUGCUGAAGGUGAUGAUGACACUGCUACUGGUGGUGGUGGUAAUGGUGGUAGUGGUGAUGGUGGCAUUGAAAAAAAUACAAAUGCAGCAAAUAUUGCACAACAAUUAAAAGAAAAACGUGAACGUGCUAAACUUGAAAGUCAAGAAAAAAAAGAAAAAGAUAAAAAAGAUCGAGAAAAACAAAAACAAUUAAAAGAAGAGAAAAAAGAAAAACGUAAAACCGUUAAAGGUGAAAGAAGAAGGUAGCAUGAUAACAACACAAUUAAAAAUUAUAUUAAUAAUAAUUUUUUUUUUUUCCUUUCAUUUUCCAAAUAACAAAAAAAAAUUA